UUAUUCACAUCAAACAGUAUUUGAACAAGUCGUUGGCUGCCUAUGAUCUAUAAUAGCCAAUGGACUUUGAACUUGGACUUUGCUGCCGUUCCUUUCCAUUUGUUUCCAUCUUUGUUUCCAUGAAAUUCAACAAUUGUAUAAUUUAGAUCUGUAUUGGAAAAUUUGGUACUGAGACAUGGAGAGAGAGAAGAAACAGUCAUCUGCCGUAUCGAAUAUCGGAGCUUGGGCUUUGAACGUCGUCAGCUCCGUUGGCCUUAUUAUGGCUAACAAACAGCUCAUGUCCCCCGCCGGUUAUGCCUUCGUUUUCGCGACAACGUUAACUGGGUUCCACUUUUGUAUGACUGGCAUAAUCGGAUUAGUGUCAAAGGCCAGUGGUUACACCACCCAAAAAAAGGUUCCAUUAUGGGAACUUCUCUGGUUCUCCAUUGUCGCCAAUACUUCAAUUACUGGGAUGAACUUGAGCCUUAUGCUGAAUUCAGUUGGAUUUUAUCAGAUUUCAAAGCUAAGUAUGAUACCGGUCGUUUGUGUGAUGGAAUGGAUCCUCCAUGGGAAACAAUACUCGAGCAAAGUGAAGGUGGCAGUGAUGGUAGUGGUGGUUGGUGUGGGUGUUUGUACUGUUACCGAUGUCAAAGUUAAUGCCCAGGGCUUCCUUUGUGCUUUUGUUGCUGUCCUUUCUACCUCCUUGCAACAAAUCUCAAUCGGGUCCUUACAGAAGAAAUAUGCAAUAGGGUCCUUUGAAUUGCUGAGCCAAACAGCUCCGAUCCAAGCCGUAUCUCUUUUAUUGCUGGGUCCAUUCGUUGAUUACUUCCUCACGGGCAAUUUACUCCCAACUUAUCACUUAUCCUCCGCCGCUUUUUUCUUCAUACUGGUAUCAUGCUCCUUAGCCGUAUUCUGCAAUAUAAGCCAAUAUCUCUGCAUCGGACGGUUCUCGGCGGUCUCGUUCCAGGUUUUAGGCCACAUGAAAACGGUUUGCGUCUUGACAUUGGGAUGGCUACUCUUUGAUUCAGAGCUAACAUUUAAAAACAUACUUGGGAUGGCCAUUGCUGUGCUUGGCAUGGUCCUAUAUAGUUGGGCUGUUGAAGCAGACAAGGCUGCACCGUUGCCUAAACAUGGUUCGGACCAUGUUAAACUGUUGUUGAAACAGCACGAAGUGGACGGUUCGUCCCCGGUUAAAGACGUUGAGCUCGGAGUUGGAGGGUUAUCUCGUGGUUAGAUGAUUUUUUGAUACGGGUACGUUAAAUUCUUUCGUUUUUUUAGAUUUUUUUUUUAUAUAUUUGGAGAAUUAUAUCUUAGUAUUGGUUUAUACCUAUGCCGAGUAUAGAAUGAUUGGUUACUAGAUAGAGUGUACAAAAUGUUCGAUUUAAUUUAUUAAUUUUGUUAAAUGUGAUAUUUCAUUGUAAUACUUUGAUAUCUUUUUAUGAAAAAUAAUUGGUCCCUAGUA